CAUUGGCCCAGCUUUGCCACGUGACCAGGCCUUGUUCAGUCAGGGCCGCGACAGCGAGUCGGGUUGCUCUUAUGAGGAGGCCGCUUUUAACCCUUGCGGGACAGAAGCCGCUGUCGCCGGUGAACCUUGUCGAGGGGCGGGGCCAGAAGCAAAAAUUCUUUUCUAGGCAUGCCUCUGUGCAGAAGAUUUUAGCAAUGAGCAGUGUAACCAGAUGCACUUCAAAAUCAGUUGAACAUGGCUGGUCUGUGUGUUUAAGAAGCAUUUUCUUUAACUCUGUCAAAUACUAUCCCACUAAAUUAGUUCUGGGAAUUGAAACUAGUUGUGAUGAUACAGCAGCUGCUGUGGUUGAUGAUACUGGCAAAAUCUUAGGAGAAGCUCUACAUUCUCAAAAUGAAGUCCAUUUAAAAACAGGUGGGAUUAUUCCUCCAGUGGCACAGCAACUUCACAGAGAAAAUAUUGAGCGAAUAGUGAAAGAAACACUCUGCGUCAGUGGAAUCUCUCUCGAUGAACUCUCUGCUGUUGCAACUACUGUAAAGCCAGGACUCGCUUUAAGUCUUGGAGUGGGAUUAGAAUAUAGUUUAAAAUUGGUGGACAAGUAUAAAAAACCUUUCAUCCCCAUCCAUCACAUGGAGGCACAUGCACUUACAAUUAGGCUAAUAAACCAAGUGGAAUUUCCUUUCUUAGUUCUUUUAAUCUCUGGAGGCCACUGUAUCCUGGUAGUAGCACAAGGAGUUUCAGAUUUCCUUCUGCUUGGACAGUCAGUGGAUAUAGCACCAGGAGACAUUCUUGACAAGGUAGCAAGAAGACUGUCUCUAACAAAGCACCCAGAGUGCUGCAGAAUGAGUGGUGGGAAAGCUAUAGAGCACUUGGCCCAACAGGGAAACAGGCUGCAUUAUGAACUCAGAGCUCCCAUGCGACAUCAUCCUAACUGCAAUUUUUCCUUUUCUGGACUUCACUCCAAUGCCACUAGAAUAAUUAUGCAAAAAGAAAAGGAAGAAGGUAUACAGGAGGGACACCUCCUGUCCUGUGUUACAGACAUUGCUGCUGCAGUACAGCAUGCAGUAGCACUUCAUAUUGCCCAGCGAACACACCGGGCUAUUCUGUUCUGCAUAAAAAGCGGCAUCCUAUCACAAACAAAUGCAACUUUGGUUGUAUCAGGAGGAGUUGCAAGUAACCAGUAUAUCCGAAGAGCUCUGAAAAUUGUAACAGAUGCAACUGACUUCAGUUUGCUUUGUCCUCCUCCCAGACUCUGUACUGACAAUGGUGUUAUGAUUGCAUGGAAUGGCAUUGAAAGGAUGCGUGCAGGCUUAGGUGUGUUACAUAGCACAGAUGGCAUACGCUAUGAACCAAAAGCUUCUCUUGGAAUUGAUAUCUCAGAACAAGUCGGAGAAGUUGCCAUCAAGACAGACCGCCUCCUUCCAUCCCACACACAACUCUCUUUUGAAAAGAGUUCAGAUUUCCAAAAUUAGGCAUCUGUGUAUUAGCAACAGACAUCAUGAAAUUCUGUUUUGAAAGACUAUUCCCAAACCUACAGGAUGUUGCAUGGAUACAAAUACUUAUCUGCUACCUUGUUGGCACUGGACUCAAGCUUUCUUUCCUGGUGAAUUAAGCCGGAGCUUGCUGACAUUAAAAAUUCUGGGUCUUGAAACUUUUGUGAUGUCUGAAGUUGCAUGUGCAAAUGAAUGAAGUCCCAUGGUCCGGCUAUGGGGUUUGUCUGUAGUUCUGAGUUUUCCCAUUAAGUGAGCUGAUGUAGGCAUUAAAAGAAGAGAGUCCUUUGGAUGAAAUUUAGCUUUCAGUUGUCUUCUACCACUACUACUACUUCGUGAUCUCUCUGCAAAAUAAAAACAGUGUAAUUUGUUUUACAUUUAUAUCAUCACAGAAUAUUGAGUGAAUGUCCUUGAACAUUGUGACCUAGCAUAUUUGUGGCUUUUUAAAAAAGAGAAGACCACAAAGUUAAGUUGAGGCCACCUAUGACAAACAGUAACUAUUUUACAUUUGUAACGGAAACUCUAAGGUGCCACAAGUACUCUUUUUCUUUUUAUAGCUAUAGACUAACACGGCUGCUACUCAGAAACUUUUAUAGGUUCCUUACAUUUACCAAUACUAACUAAUUAGCUAAAUUAAAAAAAUUGAGAAUUCUAACUAAAGUCAUCUGCCCACAGUUUCAAAGUUAGGAAAUGGCAUAUAGUACAUGUAGCUUCAUUAUGGAGGUAAUUUCUAAAAUAAGUUAAAUGUAUGACUACGAAUAAAAUUAAUUGUCUUUUGCAGAGUGUUUCUGCAGAUCCCUGUUCUUGGGAUGUGUUGACAGCUAAUUAAUUAAUUCAUCUGUGAACUUCAAAGUAAGUUAAAUACAUUAUAUACCUUUAGUAUAGGUUGGAACUGCAGGUGGUCCUCCAUUUAUCUCCAAACUGUAAAUAAAAUAUUAACAAUUUAGGAAUUCAUGAUCAUUAAAGCACUUCGGUUUUUCCUUGGACUAAUAACAUGAAGGCCCCGGGUAUUUUUUUUUUAAAAUAUAUUUUCAGCAUUUCUUAUGAAUUCACAAAAAUCAAACUCAUUUGAGUUCUAACUAAUAUGCAUUGAUAAAUAUAUUAGAUUUUUGGCCUAUAAACACAUAUAUGAUUAGCUUUAAGCACAUGAGUAGCCUCUUUGAAGUUAAUAUCUUUAUAUCUAGGCAUAUAAACAUUUUUAAAAUCCCAGUAUCAGAAAAAGUUACAAAUACUUCUUAAUUACUAAUUUAGUACCUCAGUUUGUCUAUAAAAGUCAAUAUUAUAAUAAUCUCGCAGAGAUGUUGAAAGACUUAACUACUGUUUGCGAAGUAGUUUGAGAUUCUCUAACUAAAGCUGCGUAUUAACUGUUGUGAGAAUUUAAAAAAAAAUGUAAACUCAAAGGAUAAUUAAGAGGGUGCUCGUUAGACUCCUAGGUGGACGUGCUGAUAUCUAUAUGAAUUCUCAAUGCUUCUGGCCCAUGUCACUUACUGAAAGAAAUAUGAUUCAGUAUCCUUUUUUACGUCUUUGUAAAUUUAACAAAAAAAUAAAAUCAAGGAAGUAUAUCAAUAAAACUAAACUCCCAUCAAUAUUACUAAAAUAAACUAAGCAAUACUGUUAUCAAAUCAAGAUCAAAUAAAUAAAUUAGUAAUAUUGGAUUAAAAUCAAAUUAUCAGAUUAGUUAAAUCAUUAGAUUGAUACAACUACUAAUCAAACCUCAUAAGUCCUAAGAAGUAUUCUAAGGAGGUUAGCUGUCUGUUUAGUUAUAAACCCCCAACUAAAGAGUUAUACCAGAGGUAAUGAAAUAUGAAUUUAGACUUGGAUGAAUAUUUUAUACUGAAACCAAGUGAUUAAUGUAUACACCACAAUCUCAAACCCAAUUAAAAUUUAUAUUUCAAUUCUUAUGUGGUGGAUAACCCCUUCCUUCCCCCCUCCAACACAGAUAAUAACAGGCCUUAAUAGAACAUUCUGAUAAAUAGGAGUUGUCAAACUUCUGAUUAACAGUUUACAACCGGCAAUUUUAAGAUUCUUAGUACACAGAAUACAGAACACAAGUAUUUCUAUGAGGCAGAGUUUAGAGUUGUUUAAACCUGAUGAGCUUUUUUUCUUGUGCCUUCUCUGUGUGGAUUUUACAGAUGCUCAUGUACACAACCACAGUGCCGCUUCCUAAAAUUAAAAAAAUAAAAGGAUGGGACGUUUCCCAGCAAAUAAAAACAAAAGGGGAAAAAUUAGAUACUUAAGAGAAUGGGGUAUGUGAACUCUUAAGAUCUCACAAUCUUCUGAAUUUUUCUGACAUAGAAACUAGAAUUGCAGAUGAGAAGCCAGAGGAUAAUGUUGCUGAGACAGUACCAGCAGACUUUCAGGUACAGGAAGAUUUGUCAAAGGCUGGUAUAGCCUGUUAUUUGGUGAUGUGAUUUCCUUCCUCAGAGGUGAAAUCUUGGAGUUCUGGAACAUCAGUCUUCCUUCAGAUAGCAUGUUGACCUAAAAGGAGCAAAGGCCCCUUGGCCUUAUAGUUGAUUUUUCUGGUUUGCAAUUUUUACUUACCCCACCUUACAGCACCUUCCUUGGAGGUCUGCAGGCAAAUCGGGUAUAAAAUACACCUUGGAUUCUGACAGCAUGGUCUAAUCAGGUCAGAGUUAGGUAAUAUUUAGGCUAAUGUCAGUUUGAAAAGGUCCUACUUAACCAAGCAGUUUAAAAAAUAUAUAUAUUAGUUGUGGUGUACCACUUGCACUGUGAAUCCAUGAUACUCUAAAAUACAUAUAUAAAAAAAGAGAUUCAAGACCAUUUCAGAGGAUGUUAACGUUCCACUGCUGAAAAGGUCUUAUGCUGGCAUCAACAUACAGAAAAUGGGCCUUACAGAUAACUUAUUGCAAAGAGCCUAGCAAACACAGAAGCCACUCAGCAUGUAUCCAUCAGCAUUCAACAACAUUAAAAAUAAAUGUGGACUUCUUAUGACCAGAUGCCCUUUUUUUAUUUUUGCAAACAAGACAAUUUAGCAAUCUUUAUCUACUGGGUUAUAAGUCAUACAGAAAAGAUUACUUUAAAGCUUACCAGAUGGAACUGAUUUACAAUAAAAAAUAAAGCUUAAACAAGGUUUGCAUUCUCUUACUCUUUCAAAAUAUGACACUAUGGGUGUUAGAGUUUUAUGGCCACUUUUAAAGAAAGAUUUGUAUGGUUCACCUACAGUUCUACCACUCACUAAUAACAUCUAAAACUUACAGACAUGCACUUUAUAGCACCACCACCACAAACAUAUGUGUAAGGUGGCAAAAGUCCCGUUGACAUCAAUGGGAGGAGAAUUAGGCCAGUAAUGAGCUAUUUUUAAAAAAUCCCAGCCAUUCUUUUUAUAUCUUAAAAUACACACACAUUUCAAAAAUCUCAGUUUUUAAUAAAAGAAAGGAUUGUGGCUUACCCAUAUCACACUCUAGUUCACUACUUUUGGUCACGGAACUAAGACGUGUGACAUCAGUCUAGAAUUUGGUUAAUAAAUCCUUGUUACAGGUGCUUCAUGUGUGAAUUAGAGAGCAUAAUGGUCAGUCCUUUAUUGCAACAUUAUUACAAUUCUGAAGGAGAGGUGAGAUGAUCAGCAUAAAUUCACAAAGGAUACCACAUUCAGAGAAUUACAAUUACAGGCAAGAAUCCUGUGUGUAUACAUUACUUUCUUUAGGGUCCAAUCCUGCAGUUUAUCUGCAUACAAAGCUCACUGAGUUCAGUGGGAGUUCUGCAUACAAAGCAACUGAAGGAUUGGGCUCUCUGAGAUUAAAGGGGAAAUCCUGCUCCAAGUGAACAGUUGAAGUAAGUGGAAGAAUCAGGAAAGAGAAACCUGUUUCAUUGGCAGAGUACAGAACCUUUCCACAAUUGCCCCAGUUCUUCCAGUGGCUGUAGUACCUCACUCUGCAUCGGGGGGUUGCCUGGCAAUCCAGAGUUGUUGCAGAUCCACAAGGCAUACCACUGCCACCAAAACCUUCUCCAUACUGAGGUUGAGGAAACCCCUGCAGAGCUGUUCUCUGCAAGGUAUAGGGGCUGCAGACUUCCAUUGCUGGCUUUCUACAUCAACGUCCCAAACUUCUGCGUUGGAACUAUACUGAUACCAGUAUGUUCAAGGCCGUACUCUGCUCCUACCUGGACCAGAGAAUUUAUCUCUAAAAGACUAAACAAUUACUCUCUGUAAUGUUACAAAACUAUAUGUAGAAGACUUACUCAUUUAUCCUAUCUUGGUUUAGAUUUUGCAGGAGUAAGCAGGAAAAAAAAUGCUUAAGGCUUGCAGACUUUUUAGGUGGCAAUGCAAAGCAUUUGGAACAAUGCACCAAUAGCCCUCUCUAGUCCUUUAAACAUGUCAGUGUUAUUUGGGACUCCUUAAAAUCUUUUUUAAAAUUGAACUGUGCACAGAAUACUGGAUGUGCUUUAUAAAAAUAUGAACAAAUAACACUGCUAAGAGAUGCUCAAAGAUGAAAAGCGACAGGGGAGUUACAGUGAAACUACCUCAGCAUACACAAAUCCUAGACUGACAAGAAAAGGAAAUAUCUACAUGUGAUCCCACUUAACACAGAAUGUAAGUGAAAAAGGACUUUAUACAUAUUGGGUCAGUUCCAUAUGAUCUCAUCACUAAGUUAAGUAUCCUUCAUGUCUUGCUUUGAGAGAGAUUCCAGAGAAGCAAUAGACAGCUACUCUCCCUCUUUGAAGCUGCGGGUUCGCCAGCGUUUAGUGGGAGCAUAGGAGACUGUCUGACCUGUGCUAUUCUUUGGCUAUUCAGUUCCCUCUUUCUCUUCCCUCCCCCCCCCGCAUCAAUGUUUGAGUUUUUGCUCCAACUUAAUGAUUGUUGAAGAUUGAGUCUAAUGGUUGAGAAAACCUUUUGUCACUGCAAUUUAUUUUAAUAAAAGUGGAUCAAUUACAUUUAAAUGUGGCUACUAACACUGUUUUAUCUGUGUGGCCGGAUAGAGGCAGCUGACGUACCUGAGGAAAUAUGGAUGCUCUUACUUAAUGAUAAAGAAUUUCCCUUAGAGAGGAGGUCAAUUUCCCUGUAGUAAAUAGCCUACAGGAGGUUUUGAGCAAUGUUGAAGGGAAGACCAAUUUUUCUGGCUUAAAACAAAAUCAUCCCAGAAAAACAGCUUCAAAAUAAAAGUUUGAGUUUUUUGCAGUAGCCAAACAGGCAAAACGUGCAAAGUUGACAACUUGAGCUAUCUGUGAGAAUAUCAUGUUUCAAAUAUGUCAGGUGUUUAUUGCUUUGGUAUUUCUACAAUUCACAGACUUGAAGGCCAGAAAGGACCAUUAGAUCAUGUAUCUCACCUGUGAUAGUGUAAGACAAAUACAUUCUGCCUACCUAAAAUUCCUUUGUAGAUUUAAUACUGCAGGUAGCUGCAUUUCAGUGUUCGGUGCAGUGACUCCUGCCUGAUUUAUAAAGUUAAUUGAGCACAUUCCAAUUGAGAUAAAAUAUUCUGAAGAAUGCAGGCUUUCAUGUGUUCUUGAUGAGAAGAUAUUUAGGAUUGACCUCCCCAGUUCACAUGGAGCCUGGACUUGUAAGGACAUCAAGGGUUCUUUUAGGUCUGCUCUCCAGCUCAUCUGCAUCAGUUGUAAACAUAGUUGAAGGCUGAGGAGCUUGAAACUCAUGCUUUUAAACAGGUUGUAUUACUAUUGUCUCAGAGAGAGUCUGGAAAAAUUCUGAAAAGAACUUGAGCAAAAGUGCCCAUGCAAAAAUACCCAUCGUGUGCAAGUCACAGAUUUCUGCUUACACAUAUCUUUGCAUGCUUGCAAACUCAACUUGCAUAUACACUAUAUGUAUUGCAUGUAUAUCAUGGUGCACACAAAAGCAUGCAUGUUUGUUUUAAGAUCUGUGCCUGUGUCAUCUGGAUACAUUUCUGGAAUUUGUGUAGUCCAAGAUCUUUGAAAUGUCAGGGUUUUUUUGAGAAUAAAGAUAAAUUAUUGUAUAUA